AAGACGAUGAGACAUAUGUUUGAAAAUGGCGGCACGACUUUGUACCGUUACGUGAGUUCGAGGAGUGUGGAACCGAUACCGGCAAAACUUGGAUAGGUAGAGACAACUGUAGGCAAUUAAUACCGGAAAGGAAAUCACGUGGCUAUCGCUUACCGCAUCUGAACAAGGAACGCCGCGGAAUACGGAACGCGGUAGUAAUGGCGGUUGAUUCAAACGAAGCGGCGUACAGAAAGGCGCAAAUAGAAUUCGUCACCAACAACCACGGCACUACAGCGAGGGAAACAUUGCUUAUGUUAAUGCCGAGUAUUUGUAGCUUGUUGUUGAUGUUAACAACAUCAUGUAUACUCGGGAAAUACCUGAAUCGCGUAACAAGGUUCAUCUUAGAAUUCCUGAUAGUAAUAAUACCAAUAAUUCUAUGCUGCACGAUUUAUUCCGAUGUUAAAAUAUCCAUCUGCCUAGGUCUUCUCGCCUUAUCUUGCACAAAUUUUAUAAUAAUGAUCAUGAUGACAAACCCCACAACUAUUGGGAAUAAUCAACCGUCACAAGUAGGAACCCGCUAUCCUUUUGUAACAAACUUCCGAGCCCUGACCAAUCUGUUGACUGCAAUUUGCAUCUUAGCUGUUGACUUCAAAGUAUUUCCCCGUCGUCACGCAAAGACUGAAGUAUAUGGUUACAGCCUAAUGGAUACAGGCGUAGGAUUUUUUGUAAUUGCAAAUGCGCUGGUCUCUCCGGAGGCAAGAGAUUCCGGCGGUCGGCAAACUUCAGGUUUUUUGGCGACUGCUUCAAAAAACUUGCACGAUUGUCUGAGGAGCUGCAUUCCUCUUCUGAUUUUGGGCUCGGCUAGGUACUUCUCUGUAGAAUACCUAAAUUAUCAGAAACAUGUAACAGAGUAUGGCGUUCAUUGGAAUUUUUUCAUCACACUGGCUGCGGUGAAGAUCCUAACAAGCAUUGUAACUUCUCUGAUAGCUCCGAAUCGCUCUUUGCUUCUUGGUAUUUCUAUUCUUGGCAUGUACGAGUACUUACUCAGUCAGAAAACUGUAAAAAAAUGGGUUUUCGGACAUUCCAGAGAAGGAUUCUUGAAUGCUAAUCGUGAAGGAAUUGUGUCCACUCUUGGCUACACAGGGCUUUAUUUUAUUGGCGUUGUCGUCGGCAGAUUGAUACACUCGACAUACCUCAGAGCAAGUAGAGCGCAGACUGGUAGACCCACAUAUUUUAGUUUUACCAUAUUUGGACGAACACUCGAGGCUCAAUACAGUGAAUCCAUGAUUCUCUGUGUAAAAUUGUCCUUGAUUGCGGCGCACGCUUGCAUAGCCACCCUUUUUCUAAAUGGGUACCGCAGAAUUUCUAGAAAGCUAGCUAAUUCUGGAUAUUGUGCUUGGAUGGUUACUUUGUCCACAAUUAUGUUGACUUUUUUAUUGUUGCUCGAUGUCAUAGCAGAUAUAUUUAGGCAAGUUACAUCGAAGAAUAGAAACGUCACGCAAGUCCAGAAUCAGAUCUCUAGUAUACCUGAAAUUUUCGAAGCCAUUAACUACAAUGGCCUAGUUUUCUUUCUCAUCUGUAAUUUUCUCACUGGUGCCGUAAAUAUGACAGUUAAAACGCUAUAUGUACCAGAUAUCGAAGCUGUCCAAAUUAUCACUGCGUACAUGUUGGUUAGUACCGGCCUAUUCGCAGUUCUAUUUAGAUUUAAAAUACAAAUUAAGUUGUGAGAUUUGAAGACGAGUUACUGCUUUUAAGAUUAUCUAAGUCAACUGAAAUGCAUUUUUGCUGUCCAAAUUUGGUGCCUUCAUGAUUAAAUAAUACAGUAUUCUAAGCAAUCUUCUAUCGAGGUACUAUGCAGUGGUGAUAAAUUAUAUUCAUGUAUUCACCUUUGAAACAUAUUUAAAUAUACACGUAU